AUGCGCGGCAGCGCCGUUACUUCGGCAGCUUUGACCGCGUUCAAACAACCCCUUUCCAGAUUUGGCCGUGCUCAUUUAUCCACUGUAGCCUCCCACUACAACUCCGGAGCUCGCUUCGGCGGUAGCAUUCGCAAAGCGAGCACCGUUCCGCACAGCGUCACCUCUUUCUCCGGUUCUCAGCAAUUUGAGCCCGGAGUCAUCCUCAAGGGAUACUCUGGUCGCGAAUACACCAUCGAAAAUGUUCUGCAGGACAGACAAGACCGCCUGGUCUAUCUCGCCAGGGCAAAUGAGAAGAUGUUCGUUCUGAAGAGUCUAUUUGAGAACGAAUACAAUUAUGCGCUUCCUCUGCAGUUAAGGUUUAACCACUCGCCUUACUUGCGGGCGCUGCGGGACACCGUUCCUGACCAGAAGAUGUUUGUCAAUGAGUACAUGACGGACCAUCUUCUCAACUUUGCCUUUAAGGAUCUUUCUCUGGCCGCGCAAAAGCGCAUCCUUCGAGAUAGCUUACGAGGACUGGCUGCUUUGCACGACCAGAACAUCGCUCAUUUAGACAUCAAGGCAAACAACAUCAUGGUCGACUAUCGGGAUACCCCAGAUGGAAUCGUCGUAGACCGUGUGCAACUGUCUGACCUUGAAGACUCAACUCACAUCCCACCUGGGCAGGCUCUGCGUGGGCUUAAAGUUGGUAAUCAGUUUUGGCGCAGCCCGGAGGCGCACGUGCAGGGCGCAGUCGGAAAGCCGUCGGACAUCUUCUCCUUGGCGCUAGUGUUCGUAUUCAUGCGUCUGAAAAUGGUCAUCUUCCGGAUCGACAGCGCGCCAAACGUCGAUCUUACCAACGCCAUCCUAGAACGGCAAAUCUCCACUUUUGCCGAGUGGGAUGACUACGAAGCUUUCGUCGACUAUCUUGGUCGAAGACACCCCUGGGUCGGCGAGCUAUAUCGCUUGCAAGACUCGUUUGGUUCGAAGAACCCCCGAAGGCCGUUUUCGCUCUGGAAAAGCGAUUCACUCGACCCGGACUUCAAAGACUUAAUCAAGAAGAUGACCAACUUUGAUCCCAGGAGGAGAAUCACGGCGCGGGAAGCCCUCGAUCAUGUUUGGUUUCACGAUGUUGAGGAAUAA